UCAUAUUUCAAACGAGUCGAGUGAGUGUGUUUGCGUGGCAGCUGUUUUCAAGAUACUCCGAACCAACCAAACCGUUUUAUUUUACGCCUCUUCUGCAAAACCAAGUCCGUUUAAGAACUAACAAGUGCAACGCCCCAAAUGAAAUGCGUUGUUAGUUGUUUUGUCCUAAACAAAACCACAAAUUAGUCAGACAACCGAGAUGCAUAACCCAAAAUCAAGGGAAUUCGAAGCGCCGCUGUGACGCCGAACACAAUAUCUCUCAUUUUCUGGAUUUUCUUUAAAUGCCAAGACGAGAGCGCACAGAGAACAAUGUCUUUUUUGAUGAAAAAGAAGAAGUUCACGUUUCGAGUGGAUUUUACAUUAGAGGAGCUUACAGCAGUACCUGUUGUCAACGGAGUGCUGUUCUGUAAGAUCCGGUUGAUCGAUGGUGGGGACUUUGGCAUUUUGUCAUCCAGGGAGGAGGUGCAACAGAAUUGUGUCCGAUGGGGGAAGAAAUUCUCCUUUGUGUGUAAAAUGAGCGCUAAUCCAGUCACAGGCAUAUUGGAACCCUGCAUCUGUAGGGUUUCUGUACGCAAGGAGCUUAAAGGAGGAAAGGCCUUUUCAAAGCUUGGUUUUGCUGAUCUGAACAUUGCAGAAUUUGCGGGGUCUAGUUCUACAGUUCGCUGCUGCAUCCUGGAGGGCUAUGACACAAAAAAUACCCGCCAGGACAACUCAAUUCUCAAGGUAAUGAUUGGGAUGGCGCUCCUGUCUGGAGAUCCAUGCUUUAAAAUGCCUCCCAGCACAGCAAAAUCUGUCUCGGACAGAGAUGAGGAUCCCACCCUGCAGCUAGACUGUAAGGGUGAUAGCACUGAUGUCAAAAUACAACCACUCAGCACAAUUUUGGAGGGACCUUGUGCUUUUAAACCUCGACAGACAUCAGUUCGGAGCUUAGGACAGCUUGAUGAGGGCAAUGUCUCCAACCCAGAUGAGGUCUUUCACACUGGUCAUUUCCGCAACUCCAGCUUUGCCAGCCAGCACAGCAAGAUAUCGGGUUACAGCACAGGUCACUCUCGCUCCUCCAGCCUGACUGAUCUCAGUCACCAUCGAAACACCUCUUCCAGCAGCAAUGCUUCAUGUGGGUUUGCACUGCCAUAUCCCUCCACCCCAACACAACUGCAUCAGCAAGGAACUCCCACCAAACCAGAAAGGCCUCCACUACCCUCCGUAGCUGCCAUCAUGUCUAAUAGAUCAUCCAGAAGGAAGAAUGACAUGAUGGAGAAGCAGCAUAGCUGUGUGGAUGAUACCCGCAUUGAUGCUGAUGACAUUGUGGAAAAGAUUGUUCGUAGUCAGAAUUUUUCAGACAAAAGCAACAAUGAAGACAGCAACUUGCAAUUGUUUGUCAGCAAAGACGGGACCACAACACUCAGUGGGGCACAACUCUCCAACAGAGUAACACCUGGUGUCUUUGAAGCUGUGGUCAUUGCGACGCAUUGAACGAUGCAACAUCACGUCUGCAGCAGGAUGAGCUACAUCAGGAUUCUCAAGCAUCAGAUUGUAUGUGACUGUGUGUACAAGUACUGUAUGUGCAAAUCUGUAGUGGUACAUGCCGCUGCCAUUCUUGGCGACAGUGCAGGUUGGUUCGAUUCCAUGUCCCAAACCUGAAUUAAAAAAAAAAGAAACAGCUACGUAUGAUAAACAACAGCAUAGUGAGGUUGGUUAGCACGUCCCCAAUAAGGACAAGCAGUGUAAAUAUAAUUACAUAAAGAAAGGUUAUUAUGUACAAGAGCCUGAUGAGCCUUGUUGAAUGUCAAGGAGUUACAGUAUCCUUGAUUGUGAAACAUUUAUAGUAGGGGUGUAAAUCGCCGGUUUUGUCAUGAUACGAUAUCAUAUCGAUACAAAGGACCGCGAUACGAUAUUUGCCGAUAUCUUAAAGCCUGCUGUGAUUCAUUCACGAUACAUCACGAUAUAGUGCUCCACGAUCGAUAUUUUUAUUUUUAAAUAAAAAAUAUAGAACAAUA